UGCGCGUGGCGCUGUUCGCUUCAACGUCUUCGCGGCGCUGUCUUUCAUUCAGUGACGUGGAUUUUCAUUUGUGGCACUCAGUGCUUCCAAAAACACUGACUUUCCAGCGUCUCUGAGCAUUUCAACUAACUUUCUUCGCAUUUAUAAAAAAACCCACUCAUUUUUAUUUCAUUCGUUUGUCUCACUUCAACACAGUUUUGUCACCGCUUUCGUAACAGACUCCAGAAUGAGUAAAAACAGCAAAGUGUUGAACCUGAAGGAUAAAAUCAGUGGUAAUGAAGUGGACCUGAGUCUGUGUAACCUCACCGAGGUGCCAGUCAGAGAGCUGGCUUUAUUCACCAAAGCAACUUUCGUGGACUUGUCUUGCAACAACAUUACCUCCCUUCCGCCAGAGUUCUGCAACCUUACCCACCUAGUGAAGGUGGAUCUGAGUAAGAACCAACUGACCUGUCUGCCUGAAGACGUGGGUAACCUGGUCAACCUUCAACAUCUGGACCUGUACAACAACAAACUGACUGUCCUGCCUGUCAGCUUCUCUCAGCUCAAGAGUCUGAAGUGGUUGGAUCUGAAGGAUAACCCUCUGGAGGCUGACCUGGCCAAGGCAGCAGGAGACUGUCUGGAUGAGAAGCAGUGCAAACAGUGUGCCUUCAAAGUUCUGCAGCACAUGAAUGGUCUUCAGGAUGAGGUAGAUCGUGCACGAGAGAAACGCCUUUUGAGGGAAAAAGAGCUGGAGAGGAAGAGGGAGAUGAAGCAGAGGGAGCGGGAGGCCAGAGACAAGGAGGCUCGUAAACAGGAGAAGGCGGAGGAGAAGGAGAAGAGGAGGAGAGAGUACAACGCUCAGAUGGCGGCCGCAGCUGCACGGGAACAACAGAAGAAGAAGAGCGAGGAAAAGAAGAAAAAGAACGGACAGGCAGCAGCAGAUAAAAAGGUUGUUGUGGAAUUGGCGCCUAAACCCCGACGUUCUCUCAUCGGCCUGAUGUUCAAGCUCCUCCUCCUGCUACUACUAGGAUUGGCCGGCGUUGCUGCCACCUGCCGCCUGACCGACCUGCAGAAAGAACCCGCGUGUGUGCCAGUCAACAUCUUCGUGGAUGACAGCCUGUCCUGGGCCAAGGAGCAGGAGGGCGUGGUCAGACAACUUGUGCAAAAUCUGUCUUCGGCAGCAAAGGAGUUUCUUGAAUCCACGCAAACGUCUAAGAACUAAGUCACCAUCAACUUCCAGAGCUGCGGGUUUUCCACUCCAACUGGGAUUUUUUUAAUAUAGAUAUAUGCUGAAAUCAUGAAUAUCAUUAAGAUGAGCAGCCCUUCGUCCACUUACCCUGUUUGUGGUGCUGGGAAGUGAAGAGUUUGUACAAAUGGAAAAAGUGGGGUGGACAGAUGUUUUAAAAUCAUCUUAGAUUCCUAUGGAAUUAUUGUUGCUUGUGUACUGUCUUUGUACAACAGCCUGUAAAAAAAAAAAUCAUCUUAAAUGUCUCAAUGGGCCAUGUUUUGCACUUAGUAAGGGUUUGUGUUUCAGUGCAUUACAUGGAGCGUGGGGUGUAUUUAAGAGAUUUUCAGGGACAUGUCAGGUGGCCCUGUCUGUGCUUCACUGGAGUGUCAAUGCCAUGAUAAUUGCCAGUCGGACCUGUGCAUGAGGUACAAUGUAAUACUCACUCAUCGGUGGCCUCUUCUGUCUUUAUAGUCUUACAUCAGUCAAACCAGCUCAAUCACGCAGCUAAUACACAAUGUCUGGUAUGCAAACUAGAGCCCAACUGAUAUAUGAGUGGAUUUUUAUAAUAUCGGACAACAGUAAGAGGCGUACAAGUCAGCUAACUCAACACAGUGCAGAAUUGCCAAAGAUAUGUUUGUGGUCAUUAAACAAAUGUGUCACUGCAUAGCUUUUCCAGCAGGGAUCAAAUUACCCCCUCCUUGUAAACAUUAAGCGAUUUUAAACAUAUUCAUUAUUUAUCUGUCGAUCGAGUGAUUGAUCAGUUCAGCACUAAUUUAUGUUUAAAAAAAAUAAAAAAUAAAUCUCUCUCUCUCUCUCUCUCUCUCUCUCUCUCUCUCUCUCUCUCUCUCUCUCUCUCUCUCUCUAGCCAUAUGGGCCUCAAAAAUCCGGUAUCAGUCAGGCUCUAAUGUAAACCCUUCCCAGUGCACAAACUGUAUUAGAAAUACAACACCAACAAUUUUGCUAGUAAUCUGGUCUAUGUCACAGAUAUGCAUUUUGAAAAUCAUGCUGUUGUGUUUUAGGCCUUUGGAAGUAUUAAACUUGGUUUGACUACAUUCAUUGAUUUCCAUUCAUUUCCAUUACAGUCUGAAAAGUCAUUACAACUCAAAUCUUCACUUAAGCAACAUAACCCCAAAAAUUAUAUCUAGACUUGAUGUUCACUGUGAUGGGCAGAUUACACACCUGUACCAAGUUUCAAGAGAAUUGAUUUAAAUACUGCACGGACAAAAUGGAAACCAGUGACUGCAUGGAAGGUACGAAUUGUAAAGAAAAAAAGCAACAUUUGCAAAAGGGUUAUCUGUAAUAUAAGCAUAGCAUAUAAGCAUACAUUGUUGAUAAGGGGAUGUUGCUUG